AUGUCAGUCUCGGAACGUCAGUCUCUCAGUCUGUCAGUCUCGGAACGUCAGUCUCGGAACGUCAGUCUGAGAACGUCAGUCUCGGAACGUCAGUCUCGGAACAUGUUGAAGUCAUUUCCCGACAGACAGCGAGGAAAGAGAACACGAUCUCUUCAGGAGUUCUCUAAGAUAGCCGUCGGGAGCUUGUGUUCGGGAACCACAAAGGACGUGAUGGCCAACAGCACGGUGGAGCAGCUCCUCCGCGGUCUGGCCUCGCAGCUGGCCGAGAAGGAGGACCACGUGCUCUGCUCCGACGUCCGCAACAAGCUUUUCGGGCCGCUCGAGUUCUCCAGGAGGGAUCUGGGGGCGCUGAACAUCAUGCGGGGGCGCGACAACGGGCUGCCCGACUACAACACGGUGCGCAAGUGCUUCCACCUGGACGUCGUCGAGCGCUGGGAGGACAUCAACCCGGACCUGUACGCCGACCAUCCCGACCUCCUCGAGAGCCUCCGCGACCUCUACCGGGGCGACCUCAUGAAUGUCGACCUGUACGUCGGCGGGAUGCCUGGAGUCGCAGGCAACGGCCCGGGAGCUCUUCAAGGCCAUCAUCAAGGAGCAGUUCCUCAGACUCCGCGACGCCGACAGGUUCUGGCUUGA